AUGGUGAUGCUCGAGAUUCUGACAGGGAAAAAGCCAUAUUUCCAGGUGGAGGGGGGGACAGAUGGACUUUUGACAGUCUUUGCGCUCCCUAUAAUCGAGGCCGGUAAUAUUGAGGAGUUGCUGGACAAGCGACCUGUACCGGAGCCAACACCUUGGCAUCUGCAGGCGCUGAAGCGUGUGGCGCAGAUUGCACGAUGCUGCGUGAAGUUGGUCGAGAAGGACCGGCCAGUCAUAUCAGACAUCGUUGCCAACCUCAAGAUGGCUCACGCGUUGAUCUGCAGAGACGAGCCAGGUUUAGUUGAUGAGUCGGACUUCUGA